CCCGGCAGUGCUGUUCUGACGUGGCUCCAGACCGCGGUGACGGGAUGGCUGGGCCCCAUCUGCACCCCUUGGCUGCCGUCCUGGGACUGGCAUUGCUUGGUGUCCUGGUCUUCCUCUCCGCCUUGUGCGCUGCCUGCAGAAGGAAAGCUGGGAAGAAGAAAAUCCCCCCGGAUGGAGUGAAGCUGGUUGAUGCGUCCUUGCUGAGGCAGAUGCAGCUCCGAUCGCUCAGUAAAUCUGACACCAAACUGCACGAGCUCAUCCGGGUGAAGCGCAUGGACGAACACCAAAGGCCAGCCAGCGUGGACUUCCUCUACCCAUCAGGCUCCCUGGGGGACGGAGACGGGGCCAUGCACAGCUCGAGCUUCAGCAUCCUGCUGCGCCGAGAGCUGCCCCAGAUCCCCCAGUCCAGCCCCACGGUGGAUGCCCUGAGUCCUGAGCAGACCUACUCGAACCUGCCCCUCUCCACCCCGCUGACGCCAGCCCCGGAGAUCCUGUACGAGUGUGUGGCCCUGACUCAGGACGUGCCUCAACCAAAGCCCAUCUCGGGAACCCUGGUGGAGACAAGCGAGGUGCACGCGGCCGUGACGGCUGAGUACGCCUGUGUCCGCAAGGUGAAGAUGAACGUCCAGCCAGAGCUCCAGGAUGAGACGCAGAGUGAAUUGGGCGGGGGGCAGGCCGGCGACCCAGCCAGCUGCGAAGGAGCUGCCAGUGACCCCCACGCACAGAAGGUAGAAGAAAUGUACUCCACGGUGUGCAAAGCUGGCAAGGGGAAGAAACACCAAAGCUCUGCCCUGUCUCCUGUGGGAAGGGAGGCUGGGGAGACGUGCCAAGGCGAGCCGGGGAGGCCAGCUGCCCAGCAGGGCGAAGUCAGGGCAGGGUAUCCGCCCACGCCGGGCCGGGGCUCACUCGCGGAGCCCUGCUAUGAGUCUGUCGGCGAUGGCUCCUGCCCGGACCCCAGCAGGCGCUUGGCCCCGGAGCCGGCCUAUGAGGCAGUAGACGUCAACUGGAGAAAGCCCCGGAGAAGAGACAAGUCCACCAAGAGCUGCCCCGUUGAGAACUUGUAUGAAAGCAUCAGCGACAUGUGGGCAGGGGACGCCGGGCACACGGCCACCCUGAUAGCGCCCAAUGGGCUGGAGAUGCACCUGACAGAGUUAUAGCCCCCUGUGGGUAGGCGCCGCCCCGAGACCGCGGGCUGUCUCCGCGCUCCGCCCAGAGCCUGCGGUGCCCCGACAGUAAAUACUAAAACGGCCCCCCCACUCCAACCGUCCUGCCUCCAUCUCGUGCCAGCCUGUCGCUUCCCCUGCGGGCUGGGUCCCCUCUCGCUUCUUCUGCAGAACUGCCUCUGAAGCCGCUGGGGCUGAGCCAACUCCCUGGCUUGGAGGGACCUCCGGCGACCUGAGAACGACAGGCGUGAGAACUGACCGGUUCUCACAGGUGCCAUCUGGGGGUUGGCAUGGCUUGGGGUGGAGCCCAUGUGUGGGCCACACACUGAGGUAAGGGAGUGGGCAGCCGUCAGGAGGAACGGCCCUGGGGUAUCGUACCCCGUGUUUAUUUGUGUCUCACUGCAGGGAUGGAGAGAACCCCGCCUGUGUCUGGGUUUAUUGCCUGGCAACGCCCACCGCGGGGAAGGGCAGUGAAGGCUUGUUCCCGUUGAGACAGGGAGUGUGUCUGCGGAGCUCUGAUUCUCCGCCUGGCCUACCCCGGGCUAUCCCGGCUCAGCGCUGCUGAGUGCUUGAUGGGGCAACACAGGGCAGAAGUUGGCCAGAUUUCUGAGGCAGGCUCUGGCGGGGCAGGAGGGGGCUGGAAAUGGGGGCAGUGCAGUGGGAGGAUGGCGCACGCCCUUUGGGGCGUGGCGGGUAGGGUAGGUGGGGAGCUAGGGAGCCUGUACUCAGUGCAGGCCCUGGGGGGCAAGGGAGGAGGCUGAAUCUAAGCCAUUUGUUCAUCUCCUCCAUCCUGGGGCUCUCAGCCCCCAGCAAAACCACAACUGCCACGAACAGUCCUCUAAGUCCUGUUACGCCGCCCAGGGCCUGCCGCUCUGGCCACAGCCCCUGCUGCUACCAGCUUUCCCUGGGGGUGGGAGGGGCUUAGAACAAGCUAUUCCCGUUUAGGUUGGACGUUAAAAACUUCCAACCUAUCAGGGAGGUGAAACACUGGAAUACAUUGCCCCAGGGAGGCUGAGUCUCUCCAUCACUGGAGAUAUUGAAGAGCACGUUAGACAGACGCCUGUCAGGGAUGAUCUAGAUGGUGCCCGGUCCUGCCGACAGGGUAGGGGACUGCACUUGACCUCUCAAGGUCCCUUCCAGUUCUAGUGUUCUGUGAUUCUACACAGCUCCGGGGUUUUCCAGUGUCAGGGGAGUUUCCAGGCACUCAGCUGGGGGCAGCUUGUUCUGCAGAAGCCUUUCAGGCCAGACAGGCAGAGGCUUGAGUGCCUGGCCCAUAACACCCAUGUGCUAACGGUGGUUACACUGAGUGACAGGUGCUUAUGUAACCCACACACUUAGGCUGCGUCUAGACUGGCCAGUUUUUCCGGAAAAGCAGCUGCU